AUGAGUGCUAAUUCAGAUCGAAGGUGGAGCCUCGCACGUGCUACUGAAUUCUUUAGUGGCGAUGGAAAGCCCGACAUGCUUGAUAUUCGUGGAAUGACGGCAGUUACAAAGGGCGCAGCGGGUAAGCGCGAUAAAUUUCGCAAGAGCGUCUCACGUUGUGGCGUUUCCAUUUAUGGUCCAAAACACUCGGCUGCUUCAGCUACCGACUCGUCUUCUCGUGAAAAGAUUUAUAUUGAAGAUCCACGAGCUCCGUGUCUUAAUAUUGAUUACUCGAACGACGCGUACAGAUUGUUACCAUCCUCGGAAAAGUUUUCAGCUCAUACGGGUGUGUGUCAGAUACUUGGCACAAAAUGCAUUCGUGGAGGUAAACAUCGAAUUCGGGUUGGCGAUAUUAUUCGUUUUGGUAGUGUCGGUCUUCUGGUCUCGGAAAUUGAUACGGGAGGUAAUGGUCCAAAUGAUGCGACGUUAAGUCCAUCUGAAGUCAAUACUCUCAUUCAACGAGUCGUUUGUCAUGAUGAAGCAUUGGCGGAUGUUGACAGUGGCUUGGAUACAGAUGAUGAUAUUGGAGAUGCAUCGGGCAAUGACGAAUCGAAACCUCGUGCAUCGUUGCAAAGACAAAGCACCAGUGCCGUUUGUUACGUCUGUUAUGACGAAACGGAGGACGAAAAUCCUUUGAUAGCACCUUGUAAAUGCUCGGGUGAUACCAAGUACAUACAUUUGAAUUGUCUGAAACGUUGGAACACCAAUGGUGAGAAGAAUGAAAUUUGUACGGUAUUAGACGAAAGUAAUGCACGCACGUGCUCUAUCUGCAAAGCUCCAUACCCCAGCAAGACUCGACUUCCAAAUGGCAAGGUGCUGUCACUUCUUCCAGAUCGAUUGAAUCCACCAUGUAUCAUGUUUCAGGUAGUGACUAAACAUUCGUCAUCGACUUUGAACUUGUCCACGCGCUAUCAAUUGAGUUGCAAGAUGCUCAUGGACAAUGACAUUCAUCGUCCUCUGAUGGUGGGACGCUCCUCACAGUGCGAUCUUGUCCUUAAAUACCGCACAGUGUCGACGAUUCAUGCUGAGAUUCACUAUUCCAAGGGUGAAUUCUUUCUUAAAGACGCUGGGAGCUCAAAUGGUACUCUGCGGUACAUCUACCGGCCACUCACGCUUCACAACAAUCAGUCACUACACGUCAAGUUUGGUCGCACUGUAUUAUCAAUCAAACCGACGAAAAAGAUUCGGCUACCCCAUUUUUUUGGCACGGCUGGCCACUUACACGCUCAUGGCUCACGGCUGGAUGAAAGCGGUAUUCAGGACGAUGACGAGCUUUCGAAUCACUCGACUCCACGAAACAAUAGGAUCCGUUACAAUCAUGCGGCACAACCACCAGUGUCAAUGCCACCCCAGCUGCAGCAACAGCGCCAGAAUUUGCAGACACAAAUGCAAAAUUUAGAUCUGUAG